ACCGUUGCCUGCCUUGCAGAAGAGACGUCACUUUGGACGACCCAGCAAAGGUGAACUUGAAGGAUUAGGAUGCACAUUGAAGUGGCGCAGAGCUUCUUGACAGAGCCACUUCUUCAUCGUUGUUUUGACCAGCAAGCUUGCGGCGCAAAAUUGCGCCAGAUUUUGAAACAACCUUCUCCCUUCGCUCUCUCAAAAGCUGCGCCCAACAAGUAUCAGAGGCAAGAGACGUGUACGACGGCUUUCUUUCGCGGUUGCUUCAGAUUGCAAUUCUUUGAGCCCACGGUUCGGCAGGGGCCACCACUCCUGCUACUGGAACUGCCAGCAUGACGACUCUGGAAGCUGCUCAGGCCGCCAAGGAGAAGCUGCUAUCUUACUUGGCGGCGCAAGGGAUAGAUACUGAGAACCAUGAACACCCUCCAGUCAUGACCGUAGAAGCGCAGGCGGAGCACUUCAAGGAACGCAAGGACAUUCAGGACGCCGUGAGCAAGAACCUGUUUCUGAAGGACAAGAAGGACCGGCUGUACCUGAUCAGUGCGCUCGUGUCCACCACUGUGGACAUGAAGAAAAUUGCGCUGCGGCUGGGGGUGGGGAAGAGCGGCAUUCGCUUUGCGCCAGAGGAGACCUUGCGGGCCGUGCUGCAGGUACCGCUUGGCUCUGCUACUCCGUUUGCUGUAUUCAACGAGACCGCAAAGCCUGUGGCCUUACUUCUGGACAAAAAGCUGCAGAGUAAACCCAAAGUCUACCACCAUCCAUUCACGAACAACGCAACCACAGGUAUUGCCCCUCUCGACUUCGACAAGUUCCUGCGGUCUCUAGGGCGCGAGCCCGUCUAUGUCGACCUAGAAGCCGAGCUGGUGUUGGGAAAGGACGGAGCAGACUUAGCGCAGUACGCUUUAGAACCAGUCCCUUCAGAAAAGUCAUCAAAGCCAGCAGGGGACGAGGAAGCCAUUUCUGCAAAAACGGGGGGGUCGGAAAGUGCGCUGGCAGGGCCCCCGGUACCAAAGUCGAAGCCUGCGGCCAAGGGGAAGAAAGCGAACGGGCCAACGUCGACAGGGCCUGUGACGAAGGCGCCAGCAGGGGACAACGUGACGGCAACUCUUGAUAGGAUGCUUGAGACGAUCACGGCCACACUGAAAACGGACGCCAGCGAGGGGCAGACAGCGGAGGAUCCUAGCAUGAAGACGUUGCGGAUCGAACUGCAAAGCCACCUGACGUUGUUCAAGAAUGCUGCAUACACGAACGGGUUCCUAGCCGGACAAGUAACGAAACCUCUGGUACGAUAGCAUCCAGUGAGAGACAGGACGACCAUUCUGGCAGACACAUGUUGCAAGGCAUCUUGCGAAAGCGUCGAAAAUCAACUUUACAGCCAGUGCGUAAUCAUGAAACAUUGUACGAGCCAUGGCCGGACCGCUUGGGUCUGGUGGCG